UGGGUGUCAUGGCGUCCUCCUGUUCGCAAGCUCUCAGGCAUCAUGCCUGUAAGAGUAGCAAAAUAUUGCGCAUUCAUCUGCAGAAAUCAUGGCCUAAAAGGAGUUUUACAGCAUAUCAACAACCUGCCGUUUCUUCACAAGAGGAAGUAGUCAUUCCAAAGAAGAAAACAUGGAGUAAAGAGGCUGUCUUGCAGGCACUGGCAUCAACUGUGAAAAGGGAUCCAACUGCAUCAGAUUACAGACUCCAGGAUGAUCCAUAUCUCACUCCAAAAACAUCAACAGAUUUUAAAAUAUUUUCCCUCUCCCAGGAGUCCGGCAGAAAUGCAGCCAAAUAUUUUAUCAAUACGUAUCCAAAAUACUUUGAGAAAGACUACGCACAGCCCCAUAUUCCUUGUUUAAUGCCAGAGACUCUGGAAGCUCAGUUGGAGGAUGUGUCUGAAGCGGCUCUCAAAGAAAGAAUUGAGCUGAGGAAAGUCAAAGCUGCUGUGGAUUUAUAUGACCAACUGCUGCAGGCUGGCACAUCAGUGUCUUUGGACGUGACCAAUGAUCUGUUAGAUCUGAUCUGUUUAUAUGGAGAUGCUGAUCCUGUACAGGAGACUUUUGUAGCGGAACAGCGGAAUGAGGAAAUGGAAGACAUCCAGGAUGAAACACAAACUAAAAAAGGAAGAUCACCCAAGGCUUCUGAUUUGCUGAAGACCUCCUGGAAAAAGAAUAAUAACGCUGAGAGAAUUUUUGGGCUGUUGUCAGAGCCGAACACACGCUCAUACAGCGCUCUGAUCCGCGGCAUGGUGAAGCAUGCCGCUUACGCCCAAGCAUUCAGCACCUACACUGACCUGCUCAACAACCGACUUACAGCUGAUGUCCACAUCUUCAAUGCCUUGCUUGCAGCUGUCCCAGCAGUACGACCGAAGUACAAUGAAAAAUGGGAACUGAUACUGGAUCUUUUAAAGCAGAUGGCAGAACAAAAGGUCAAGCCGAAUCUUCUGACGUUGAAUGCCGUCCUGAAGUCUUUGAGACGCUGUGGUGCUCUGGGAAGAUCACAGGCCUUUCCUGUGAUCAGUGAGAUGAAAGUUCUGUCUAUCGAGCCCAGUCUGGCCUCUUACAAUCACCUGCUCUCCAUAUUUUAUAAAUCAGGUCCCCAAGUUCAGACUCAAACUGAUGUUUUAGUGGAAGUGAUGAAUGAGGUGUCGGGAAAGAGCUUUACUCCUCAGGACCCUGAUGAUGCUCAGUUCUUCACCACUGCUAUGAGGAUUUGUCUUGACACUAAAGACAUGGAGCAGGCCUACAGGGUUCAUGAGCUGCUGGGGGUUGGAGACAACUGGAGAUUUCUGGGAAGUGAUUUCCAGCGGAGCAUCUACUAUGCAUGGUUCUUCAGUCUGCUUUGUAUGAUGGAGAACAUUGAUGUAGUGCUGAAGUGGUACAGAGAUCUCGUUCCUUCAGUUUACUAUCCCAGCUCUAAUGCCAUGUUCGAUCUACUGCGAGCGCUUGAUACCGACAGCAGAUUAGAUCUCAUCCCAAAAAUAUGGAAAGAUAUGAAACAGUUGGGUCAUGGCAACAGACAGAAGCUGGUGGAGGAAGUGCUGACACUUAUGGCAAGAGAGAAGCACAGUCCAGAGGUGCAGGAGUCAUUUGCUGAUUGCGCGCUGGACAUAAUGAAAAUGUAUGACACAAAUGAGCGAGGCAAGGUCAUGAUGAGCUGGACAGCCAGUUCUCUCUCUGACACCACCAUUAUUCUACUAGCUGCUAACAGGAGACAAGAAGCCUGGGAAAUGCUGAAACUCUUCAGAAGCCACAACAGAGUUCCCAGUGCGGAGCUGCUGAAUCAGUUCUUGACUAGUGUGAAGGAGGCUGGUCAAGUCAAUCAGGCAGUGGAGCUGGUGCAGAUCUCAGCCGCCUUCUGUCUGUCAGAGACCCCCAAACUCAUCCAGAGGGUCCAGGAGGAGUUUGAGCUCUCGGAGGAACACAAGAACAUCUUGUCUGAGCUGGAGAUUCAGACUUUUAAUGGUGAUUAAAUGUUGAAGCUGAGAAACAUCCUGAUGUGUGGGUGGAUUAUCAGCAUCGUUAUCGCUGAAAGUAUGGAGAAAUGUCAGUGUUUGAUGAACACUUGUGGAAUGAACCGAUAUCAGGCUUCAUUCAGUAAAAAACUAUUAAUAUUUGCUCUUAAGGAUAUUAAAAAGGAGUCUGGUUCUUUGA